AUGGCCAGCGAUCGAAUACAACAGCGAGUCUUGCUUCCUCAAGCUCCCUUUCUACCAGUUUGGGACCCCCUAGGACCGACGUUCCUCGACACAGAAGCAUGCCUAUGCGCUCUCCGAACAUCGCCCGAACAAGGCAGCAACAGCGCCGCCUGGCAGUGCAUCGGGAACCAGACCCAAAACAUCUACGCCGUCACCUCGGGCAAGUGGUUCCACACUGCCAAUGGAGGCACCAACGUGAACCUCUCCAUCAACGAUGCCUCCAACCCGCCACAAACCAGCAGGCCGCUCCACUUCAACGCAAAUGCCCAAGCCUUCACACCUCUUACCCAAGAGAGGAGAAGCUCCAUGACCAUCUGGGAUCGUCAUUGUACCGCUGAGAACAAGUCGACCUUCUCCACCGCUUUCUACCGCUCCUGGAGAGCCUAUCAGCGGGAUGAAGUUCCCAUCGACGGUUUCCCCUGUUGGCGCCCUGAUGCUCUCUUGCUACCCGUUCGUCUGCAGUCCCCCGAGGACUGGUUGAAGGACGGCUGCCGGGAAGGCUUUCUCUGCGCCAACAAUACCGUCAAUUCUCUACCACAAUACUGCCCACCCCUCACCCAAUGCCAGCAGGCGAGACUCGUCGGCGAGGCAUGCGUCUUCGAGGGCCGGAACGUUGGCAUGGGCCCCUUCGAACCCAUUAUCUGCCAACCGGGAUGGUACUGCCCGAAAUCCAGCAACGGCAACGUCACCCUUCCGUGCCCGGCCGGAUCAUACUGUCAGCCCGGGGCCGCGACACCCACUCCUUGCGCCUUUGGCAGCUCAUGCCCAGAAGGCUCCCAAAACGAGCUCUUCCUGAUACCCAUUGCUCUUCUGGGCCUGAUCGACCUCAUCGUCCUCGUUGCCCUUCUCUUUUUUUUCUUCCGCAAGAGGUCGAAGAAGAAGAGUCAGGAGAAGACGUCCUCAUCCGAACGGGCCCUGCAUGUUCCCUUCCUGGGCGGCAAACCCAAGGGGAUGAGCGACGUCAAAGCCGCCAUCACCGGUUACCGGCAAAUCGACGACGAAAACGAAGACGGAGAUCACGAGAUGAUGCCGCUGGAAGCCACCUACAUGCCGGGUCGUGAUGGGUGGACGGGUUUUCAGGCCGCGCUGGACGACGACAUCCCCGCGCUGCGACGAGCCGACACGAUCAACCCGCAGCUCAAGUCUUUCAUCGAGUCGAUGCAGAAGGCCACAAACGCCAUCGACCUCGGCUUGUCCUUCACCUACGACAACCUCAGCUUCCAUCCCAAGUCCAGUCCUCGGCCCAUCCUGCAGAACGUGACCGGUUCGAUCCAUCGCGGUUCGCUCGUCGCCGUCAUGGGCGGCUCCGGCGCCGGCAAGUCCACCUUCGUCAACGUGCUCAUGGGAAAGACGACCAACACGGGUGGCUCCGUCACCGUCAACGACAUCCCGGGCAAGAUCAAACGGUACAAGAAGAUCAUCGGCUACGUGCCCCAGGACGACAUCGUCCUUCCGGAACUCACCGUCUACGAAAACAUCGUGCACUCGGCCAAGGUCCGGCUGCCGAGCUCGUGGCGCGAUGCCGAGAUCGAGGCCCACGUCGACUCGGUCAUCGACUGUCUGGAACUCUCGCACGUGCGCGACUCGCUCGUCGGCAGCGUGGGCAAACCCGUCAUCAGCGGCGGCCAACGCAAGCGCGUUAGUAUCGGAAUGGAACUGGCGGCAGCGCCCAUGGCCAUCUUCCUGGAUGAGCCCACGAGCGGCCUCGACGCCACGGCCGCGUCGUCCAUCAUGCGCACCCUCAAGGCCCUGGCCCGUCUGGGCAUCUCGGUCAUCGUCAUCAUCCACCAACCUCGCAUGGAAAUCUUCGAGAUACUCGACAGCCUCAUCCUGCUCGGCAACGGACAGACCAUCUACGAAGGACCCGAAGCCGAUGUGCAGCGCUACUUUGAGGGCAUAGGCUUCCAGUUCCCGCCGCACGUCAACCCGGCCGACGUGGUGACCGAUAUCAUCACGGGCAACGGCCGCACGUACAAGAAGAUUGGCGACAUUUCCAAGGACGCCCUAAUCUCUCACUGGGCCGCCACGCGCAAAGCCCGGACGACGUUUGGAGUACCGGAAGGCCAAGGCGGAGAAGACGCCGACGCCGAGGCUGACGACGACCGCCGCUCGCCCCUCUCGGUCACGCCGUCUGAUACGCGAUCCAACCGUAAAUCCCUCCGCAUCAUCCUCCGACGCCGUGGCGCCACCCGCGUCAACCAAAUCUGGCUCUGUCUGCGCCGCGCGAUGCUUCAGCAAUACCGCCUCAAAUCCGCCUUCUUUUUCGAGAUGGGCCUCGCCGCACUGGCCGGCUUCCUCCUCGGUCUCGCCCAACAACCGCGGGGCGGCGUCCUCUUCACGGGGUUCUACCUGCCCCCGUACCAGGACCUCUCCCUCUCCGUCAACCUCGGCGGCGCGUCCCAGCUGCCCCUCCUCAAAGCCAUCGCCAUCGGUCUCAUCUGCGGUGCCCCGGGCGUGAAGGUGUUCUCGGAGGAGAUGCUCCUGCAACGGCGCGAGGCCGAGGCAGGCCACUCCCGACUGGCAUACUUCCUGGCCAAGACCAUCUCGGUCCUCCCGCGCCUUCUGCUGGGGUGCCUGCACUUCACCACCCUCGUCUUCAUCCUCGCGCGGCCCGUCAUCCCUUGGGGCAUCGGGCUCGCCACCAACCUGCUGUACUUUUAUAGUAUCUAUGGGUUGGCGAGCUGCGUGAGCAUGGUCGUCCGUCGCGAGGACGCGCCCCUCAUGUCCACCAUGACGAGCCUGGUCGUCGGUCUCCUGUCGGGCGCGGCGCCGUCGCUGGCCAGCGUCAAGAGGUGGCGGCUCGAGUGGCUCUGGCGCGCGUCGCCCGGCGUUUGGUUCGCCGAGAUCUAUUUCAGCCAGCUGGUGGAGCCGUUUGCGUACCUUUACAACGUUGAAUGGGCGGCUGCUGUCAUGGGGUAUUCCCUGGGCAACCUUACGAUGAAUAUGCUGGUUUUGUUGGCCAUUGGGACUGCGUACCGACUCAUUGCGUUUGCCCUCCUUUUCGUAGGAAAGCGAAUGCGUGUGUGA